UAGGCCCAAAUGAGUUAAACGGCGCCGUUUAACCUCAAUCAAAUUCCUCUUCUUUUCUUCAAUUCUGUCAACACAGUGAUUCCGAAGAAAAUCGAAGCUCACUAAUUGAAUUGAAUCUCAUUGCUACAAAUUCUCAUAUUGCUACUAAUUGCUUGGAAAUGAAGAAAGGAUUGCACCCACAGAUGCAAUGGAUAUCUUAUGUUACUCAAACGGGUAGAUUGAUGACUGUGAUGAUGACAAAGAUUCACCCUGUUGGGAAAGUCUACCAUUUUCGUGCUAAGCGUCAAAUGGCUGAGAGUUUGGGACAGAUUGCCAAGUUCAAACGUCGUUACGGGUUAGAAAAUCCAGAGGCCGCUGAAAAGAAAUGAGUUUUCUAAAGGGAGGUUUGGCUUUGUAUUUCAUGCAAUUUUUUUCGAAAAUAAAAUACUAAGGAAAAUGGUCAUGUUAUGAAGCAGUUUUUGUUCAUGGUAAUAUUUGGUAUAUCUAGUUAAACCGCAGAUAUGUUUUCGUUUCAAUUCAUACUAACUGAUAUCUUUAGUAGCUGAAUUUUUUGUGAGUUUAUUUAGUACUAUUGCUUCAUGUUCGGUUUCUUAGCAACACUUUUAGGUAUUAACCGGGAUGUACUGAUGUAUGUUUACUUUGAAAGAGCAAGUAACGGCUUUCAAUUGGAUUACCACAUCUAGUGAUUAUUUUAGUCUCUUCAUGUGCUUUUAAGAAGUUUGAGAUUGUGAUUAUGCUACAA